GCCAGUGUGUGCUCAGGGAUCCCUGGGAGAAGGACCUCGCGGCCCUCCCUGCCAGCCACUCCCUUUGCCUCUGCUAUAAGGGCCACCCACUGCCUGCCAUCUGCCACUUUCUCUCUCCUCUAGCUCCUCUCGAGCACAAGCUACCAGCGCAGCCUCUGAAGAUGGCCUUUGUCCCUGCGCCGGGCUACCAGCCCACCUACAACCCGACCCUGCCCUACAACCAGCCCAUCCCCGGCGGCCUCAGAAUCGGAAUGUCCAUCUACAUCCAAGGAGUGGCCGAUGAGAAGAUGCAGCGGUUCCAGGUGAACUUCGCGGUGGGGCAGGGCCCAGGGGCGGACAUCGCCUUCCACUUCAAUCCCCGCUUCGAUGGCUGGGACAAGGUGGUCUUCAACUCACAGCAGGGUGGCCGCUGGGGCGACGAGGAGAGGAAGAGGAGCAUGCCCUUCAGCAAGGGGGCCCCCUUUGAGCUGGUGUUCAUGAUCCUGGCGGAACACUACAAGGUGGUGGUCAACGGAGACCCUUUCUAUGAAUUUAGACACCGGCUGCCCCUGCAGAUGGUCACCCACCUGCAGGUGAACGGCGACCUGCGUCUUCAGUCAAUCAACUUCCUCGGGGGCCAGUUCACCCCAAAUCAGGGACCCAUGGGCCUGCCACCUCUCCAUGGUCCCGGGCCCAAUCAUCACCACCUGGGCAGCCUGCCUACCAUGAUGGGACCCCCUACCUUCAACCCGCCUGUGCCGUUCACAGCGAGGCUGCAGGGGGGACUGACGGCCCGGAGGACCAUCAUCAUCAAGGGCUACGUGCUCCCCACGGCCAAGAGCUUUGCCAUUAACUUCAAGGUGGGGUCCUCGGGGGACCUGGCUCUGCACAUUAACCCCCGCAUGGGGGAGGGCUCCGUGGUGCGGAACACCUGUGUGAGGGGCUCCUGGGGCUCUGAGGAGCGGAAGAUCGCCCACAACCCAUUUGGCCCUGGCCAGUUCUUUGAUCUGUCCAUUCGCUGUGGCACGGAUCGCUUCAAGGUCUACAACAACGGCCAGCACCUCUUUGACUACUCCCACCGCCUCCCGGCCUUCCAGACAGUGGACACGCUGGAGAUCAAYGGCGACAUCACCCUGUCCUACGUUCAGGUCUGACCUGCUCUUGGCGAAACUC